GUUACCCAUCGCAAUUGCAAGCACCAUCCACACAGCACGGAGCAUGGCCGUUGGUCUGGGCCUGGUCACGCUUGCUCUCGCCGAGACAACCACGGCCUUGGCGAUCGGCCUUGAUCCGCAAGCUGUUUCUCGAACCCAUCCUCUCCAUCCCACAAUCCCGGACGGCGACUGACCAUGAGCCUGCUUCUGGCACUGGUCGUCGGCCUUGCGCUGCUCGCUGCUGCUGUCUGGCUCUGGGAUCUUGUGUGGAUGCCCUUUGGCAUCGGUCUCCAGCCGUCCGCCAACGACAGCAUCGCUGUUCUGCCUGGUGACGAUCAGCCAAUCCACUGCUACUCCCUUCAUCCGCAUCCAAGCCAGCGAGGGAAUCGCCCGCAGCCCGGAGGGCUCCCAACGCAUCUCAUCCUCUUAAUCCCAGGCAACCCAGGAUCUCCGCAGUUCUACAAGCCCUUUCUUGACUCUCUCCAGUCGCUGCUUUUGCAGCAAUCGGAUCACUCCCGGCGCUACGAACUGUGCUGCAUAGCCCAUGGCGGCCACUCGCUGUGGACCCACCGGAUCCACAGAGGAGCACGGCCGAUCCACCCUAUGACGCUCGAGGACCAAGUGCAGCAAAAGCUGGAGUUUGUGCGGCACCGAAUCCAAGGCAAUCCGGGGAUGAAGAUCAUCCUGAUCGGUCACUCCAUCGGCGCCUACUUUUGCCUGAAGGUCCUUGGCGAUCUCGCCGCCAGGAUGGAGCGACCAGACGACAUUGUCGAGCGGGUCAUUAUGCUCCAGCCAGCCGUCGAAAACAUUGGACAGACACCUGCGGGGGUGCGGCUGCGUCCCAUUCUGAAGCGCUAUGGGCUCGCUGCCAAGAUAACUGGCGCCGUUGCAUUGCUGCCCGCUUGGAUCAAGGAACGACUCGUCCGAUCAUAUCUUGACCAGGCACACGAUCCAGCAACCGCGCUCGAGCUGCAGAAAGCCGUGCUUUCGCUGAUUGAUUACAAAGUUGCUCUCAGCUGCUUCAAGAUGGGGUUUCAUGAAGUGACCGAGGUCCAUCGCUUCAAGGGAGCCAAGCCGCUGCGGCGAUUCGAGGGCAAGAUGCUGUUCAUGUAUGCUGCAAACGAUCACUGGGUCCCCGACGAGGCAGUCGAAUCGCUCCAAAACCUGUUCCCAAAGGCUUCCCAUCUCAUUGAUCCGUUGUUCCGGCAUGCCUUCAUGAUGGACCCGGACGGCUCAGCGCGAAUGGCCAUGGCUGUUGCCCGGCUCAUCCAGGGCACAAUACACAACUAAGGUGCACCUCGCUCGAAACGGGACCUUGUUGAGUCGGGUUUGUUCUCGCUUCCGGAGGUACUCCCAAAGGCGAUCAUCUGAGCGAGAAAGCGUCCUUGAUUCAGAUCUAUAAACGUAUAACCGAAUGGCUAUUGCAUCUGGCCUUGUAUGAUGAGUCCGCGAGGCUCGAUUUCAUGAUCGAUUCCAUAUUCGAUGCAUGUGGCAGUACCU